CCAACGCGCAUGCAGAUAUAAUAUUUAACGAAGCGAAGAGAGUCGCCGAGCAAUUUCGUCAUUGCAAAGGGAGCCGCUGGUUUUACACAACCACGGGUCAGACAAAGCCAGCUAACUUUAGUGAGGUAAUUUACUUCUAACUCGUAUUAGUAGCUACUAAUGUCAUCUUAGAAAACAUACUUGUGAGAUUGGUCCUGUAUGCUUAAAUUAAAACCGACAAAGAGCGUAUAUCUUGUCAAUUCACCUGAGAUACCUUGCCUCAGACUUCAAAAGGCCUCAGCGUUGGUUCCUUAAUUUCUGGGAAACUGGAUAUUUCCGCUUCGCAAUAUCUUUUCAAAAAUUUAAUCAAUGCGUUCUGCCCAAAGGCGACUCACGCUCAGACAAAGCCACCGAGUAAAAUCACUUAAUUCAUAGCAAUAGUCAUGUAAAAUACAAAUUUAUCUCGGUAUUCUCAGAUACGAAAGAAUUUACUUCCCUGGCCUCAUCUUCAUUUUUGAGGGUUAACACUAGAGCUUUAGAGCAAAGCACAACUUGUACAACAAAGAAUAAUUUGUAUAACAAAGCAUAAUUUGUACAACAAAGCACAACUUGUACAACAAAGCACAAUUUGUACAACAAACAAAGGCCUCAGCGUUGGUUCCUUAAUUUCUGGGAAACUGGAUAUUUCCGCUUCGCAAUAUCUUUUCAAAAAUUUCAUCAAUGCGUUCUGCCCAAAGGCGACUCACGCUCAGACAAAGCCACCAAGUAAAAUCACUUAAUUCAUAGCAAUAGUCAUGUAAAAUACAAAUUUAUCUCGGUAUUCUCAGAUACAAAAGAAUUGACUUCCCUGGCCUCAUCUUCAUUUUUGAGGGUUAACACUAGAGCUUUAGAGCAAAGCACAACUUGUACAACAAAGAAUAAUUUGUAUAACAAAGCAUAAUUUGUACAACAAAGCACAACUUGUACAACAAAGCACAAUUUGUACAAACAAGUGGCAAUGAUCUAUGAGAUGGAUGCCCAUUUUAACUAUGCUUUAGAGCAAAGCACAACUUGUACAACAAAGAAUAAUUUGUACAACAAAGCAUAAUUUGUACAACAAAGCACAACUUGUACAACAAAGCACAACCUGUACAAACAAGUUGCAAUGAUCUAUGAGAUGGAUGUCCAUUUUAACCUUGCUUUAGAGCAAAGCACAACUUGUACAACAAAGCAUAAUUUGUACAACAAAGCACAACUUGUACAACAAAGCACAACUUGUACAACAAAGCACAACUUGUACAACAAAGCACAACUUUUACAAACAAGUUGCAAUGAUCUAUGAGAUGCAUACUGAAGCAACAUUUGACUUGAGACUAUAUCAUAAAACCUACCGUUACUCGAGGAAAGCAGCGAGGGGCGAGAAAGCAGAUCGGACAGCACCCUUGCCGAUGUCACUUCUUCAGUUAAUCCAACGAUUAAGAAUAUUAUCAAUAGAUCGUAAUGUAAAAAUAAAUUGUAGCUGCUUUGCAACUUACCAGUGGAAGAAAAUGAUCCGAGAGUAAUCAGGAGAAGGCAAUAGGCUGCAAUACAGGCGCCGCUUGCUUUCGUUAUAGUCCUAGAGAGACAGCUUCCUAAAGCAGCAGCCUCCUUCCAAUUGAAAAAUCUGUGAGUCGGGCCUUUAUAUAAAACGAAACAUUCUACGUCACUAUAUUAACUUGACAGUGGGUGACCCCAGGCCAGAACUAAAAUACUUUUUCCUAGAAAGUAUCACAAAGUGAAAAUCCUGUUACUGCAAUCGAUGAAACAUUUCUCACAGUGAGAAAGUAAACAUCAUACUCAAAUGUCACUAAAAGAGAAUUACGUUUUGGCAACAGUGUUGUAUUUGUCACUGGUUCGUGGAGUUUUCUUCCAACCCAGAUGUUUUUCUGUAAACAAGAUGAAUUAAACAUUAUGCUCUUUCUUAGAAAGUGACAUAAGGGAAAUUAUAUAAAGGCGUCGCAUUGAUUGUUGGUCAAGCGAUACGUAAUUCUAUAACCGCAAUAUCGUGAAUGGCCCCUCUGUGAAACAUAUCUUAAAAAUGCUGUUCACCUAAGAACCCUCCUGCCCUUUGUGACGGAAAGCACUCUCAAGGUUGUUGUCGGUAUGAUUUCAACAAUAAUACUUCUCUGAAAAAGGUUAAGGUCAAUUUUUUGCCUGAAACGGUGUGCUGUGACUGUCUAAAUAAACUGUUUGUACAAAUCACGGCAAAUGUUUUCUUGCCGAGUAAUUGAAUCUUGAUUGCAGAAUAGUCCCGUCGGCAAGUUUGACUGAAUUGUCUCCUAUUUGAUCGGAAGUAGGUAUCAUAGGAUAAAAUUUUGAGAGGUUUCUCUUAUCAUAGAUGCAGAGGAUCCCAUGGUCUCAUUUCCCAAAUUAAGAUGCCAGUUUCAUUUUGCGCAAAGUAAAUUGUAUCUUGGCAAUUGUUUGCUUCAAAGCCUCUGAUUAAAAAUGAGACAUAGUGACACCCGAUUCGCCCCUUACUCAAUCUAAAACCCACUUCUCAGAACCGCCUUAAAAGUUCCUUUGUUUCUCGGAGACCUCAUCUAGCUAAGCUAAUUACCUGCCUCUGAACUUCCCCGAAAUGUCACGCCAGAUACAAAAUUUACAUUUCCGUGGAAAAGGGAAUUUCGGAAAUUACGUCAUUUCCGCUUUGUAACUUGCAAAUGCAAAUUGUAACAUCAAAACGCUAGUUAAACUUUCAGGCGACUGAAGCUCACCAACAGUUACAAACAUCUGGCCACCUUGUUGGUGAAUCGAGCGGAGUAAUGUGGUGUGACGGUGUUCCAUUGCAAUUCGAAGCUAAGGAUGACUUUAAACAAUUCAUUUACUCGCCAUUGUGUUCGUAUUCCUCGGAUUACCAUCGAAACAAAGAAGUGAAGAACUAUUUAUUGAACGUCGCUGUUAACGGGACUGUGUCUGUCCUUAAAGGUCUCGCCGCUGCUUCGAUAAGUUAUCAGCGCAGAGAAGAGACAACCACUGAUAGAGAAAUGAUUUCUCUAUCUUCUUCAGUUUAUGCACGGAAAGGUUUCCUCGUCUGUGAAAAAGAAAGACCAGCUUAUUAUGACAAAGGUAUAAAAUUUGAGAUAGAAGGACUGGAAAUUGGCUUGGAAGAAAUUUUAAUCGUGACAACGGAAGUUGAAAGGUAGGUAAGCGAGUCUCUAGAAUCUAGUGUAGUUUUCGGUCGACCUGCUAGAACGGUUGUAUGUAGAUAGACUUCGCUGUGUAAUUCCAUACGACAAAUAACGAAUUCUAAGUGACUAGUAAACCUCGUGGAUCAUGUGUACUAUAGGUGGACUCGGUCGACAUAUCGGGCGACAGUCGACCGAUACAUCGGUCGACUAUCGGUCGACUAUCGGUCGACUAUCGGCCGACAAUCGACCGACUAUCGGUCGACUGUCGCCCGACUAUCGGUCGAUAGUCGGCCGAUAUAUCGGCCGACAGUCGACCGAUAAAUGUGUCGACCGAUAUAGUCUUAAACCAUCGAUACUCGACCGAUACAUGACCGAUACUUGACCGAUACAUGACCGAUACUUGACCGAUACAUGACCGAUACUUGACCGAUACUUGACCGAUACAUGACCGAUACUUGACCGAUACAUGACCGAUACUUGACCGAUACUUGACCGAUACAUGACCGAUACAUGACCGAUACAUGACCGACAGUUGACCGAUACUUGACCGACACUUGACCGAUACUUGACCGACACUUGACCGAUACUUGACCGACACUUGACCGAUACUUGACCGACACUUGACCGAUACUUGACCGAUUCACGACCGAUACUUGACCGAUACAUGACCGAUACUUGACCGAUACAUGACCGAUACUUCACCGGUACUUGACCGAUACUUGACCGACACUUCACCGAUACUUCACUGAUACUUGGCCGAUAAUUCAUUUUUUCCGGGGAGGGUUUAUUCCACAAUAAAAGAUAUAAAACUCUAAUAAGUAAUAUGAUUACCUCAUAAUUUAGAUGUAAAUUGCGUGUCUGGAAUCCAGUUUUAAAUUUCUCUUGUGCCGGCCAUAGCGCGUAUCGUCUCCGGCAGCGAAUUCCAAGUCCUUACAGCGGCGAAGUAACGAAGAGACCUUAGACCAUGUUUUGUACAUCUAACUUUAGGUAUCAAAGCAUAUUUGUGCCCCUUUAAUUACGAUACGUGUUCUUUACUUGAAAUGAAUUAGCUGUAGUGGUGGGUGUCUUCUUUUGAAAACAUCUGUCUAUCGUAAUUAACAUAUCUUGGGUGAGACGACCCUUUAAUGUGUUUUGUAAACCAAUCAAAUUGAGCAUUCUUUCUUAAUGAAGGGUCUUUGCUAUAAAUACAUGUCAUACAUAAGUGCACGGUCCUUUACCCUCUCUAGUUUUUCAAGUAUAUUCAACCUAUUGACUUUGCCUGUUACUUUUCCGGAGAUGUAGAUGUGGUGUGAGAAUUAAGGAUCUGUGUUCACUUACAGUAGAUCAAAAUUAUGAGAUCUACAACGCACGAUGUUUAUUGCGUUGGAGACUUACUACACCCUUUUCAAAGGUUAGGUUAUAUUUGGUUUUAUUAUCUGUGCUUUGGAAGCUUAUUUCAUUGGACAAUGAAUGGCAUUUUAACUUUUUUUUCCGCCGCCGCUGUCAUUAUUCUUUAAAAAAAGUGUCACCGUCUGUCGAUAAAGAGCACACAAUUCGACUAUUUAAAGGGUUAAAACCUCCAGUUUGAGACAUGACGGCAAACGGGACGUCGGUAGAGUGAACUCGCAAUACUUCCAGCCGCACCCAUAAAGUUUUGAUUUCUAUUUCAUUCUAUAUCAAGCGUGCGUUUUUAGUAAACGUCAAAACAAUUCUAACACUGUUUGUUCCCAUUGGACCGCGAGUAAGGAAAUUUCAUUUUCCGAUGAUAUAGUCUUCAACGCUGGUGUACUAAAUGGUGGUGACGGUUGAAAAUAUAGAUCGUAUUAGGUUCCGUAGCUUUGUAAAUCCACUUUUUUUCGAGAUAUUUGUCCGACAAAAUGGAGCAAAACAAUGGCUGUGUCCAAGUGUUUUAAAAAACAUUGGUUAAUUUCCUUACUGUCCUCCGUAAUACAAGAUGUAUACCGGUAACUGCAGUUUGUCAUCCAAAAAAAAAAUUUCAUUCCAAAACUCAAAUGGGAAAUGGUUUUUGAUCGCAUGCAUUUUAGCGAAAGCUUAAUUGACUUUCUUUCCUUUGAUUUGUAAAAACAAAGUAAAAUACGAGAAAUUGGACCUUUCUCGGAAACCUUCGAUUUGUUUUUACUGCUCGGUGUAUUCAUAUAGAAUGUGAACCGCGAAGCACCUGUAAUAUAAAUUAUAAUUUUUUUAAAAUGAAUGUUUGGGUGCUGGAAGAAGGCAAUACUGCCGAUACAAUAAAUCCCCCUGGGUUACUACCCUUUUAAAGUAAAUUUGGGAGUCCUCACGGGGCAAAGAGAAUUUUACCAAGUGGGAAGUGAGAAGUGAGCUACGAGACCAGCACGAGAGCAGGUCGGGGUAAAUUAGGUAGUCAAUCGCAAUAAAUGUGCAAAUGAUAUCAUAUGUACAAAACGGGGUAGUGUGGGGAGAAAUUAGCAUUUAAGGGUGUGUUUGCGUGUGCUUCGUGUGAGCCUGUUGCUGCAUAAAAUAGCAAUAACAUAAAUUAAUAAUAAGAAAUACAAUGAAAAUACAAGAAAUGAGAAAUAGUGAAAUAAUUAUAAAAAAUAAUAAAAUAAUACAUAUCUCGUUUCGCCCCAGGAGUCUUUGUGUGGGUAGUUAUUUGAAGUUGCCCAACCCCCUACCCACGGGAAAAACUGAAAACUUCAAACAUUUUCCAUCCUAAGGUCACAAGGGCCGAUCUUGUCCCGGGUAUUACCUCGGGAGGGUGGUAACCGUAGGAAAUCAGCGUUGUUGUUCAGCCUACAGGAUUGAAUAGUAUUUUAAUUUAUUAUUAGUUUUGUUAUUGCUAUUUUAUGCAGUAAUAGGCUCACAGGAAGCAUUAAGGAAGGUCUCUUCCCAGCCCCCCCACCCCCAUCACACAUGCAGACACACACACCCUCAAAUGCUAAUUUCUCUCCAUACCGAGCAGUGAAGAACAAAUCGACGAUUUCCGUUAAAGGUCCAAUUUCUUGUAUUUUACUUAGCAGAUUUCAUGCGUAUUACCCACAUUUGACCUUAUGUUAUCUGUGUGUUACUCCAUGUAUUCGUAUGUUACUUUUAUGUUACUCAUAUGUAUCUGUGUGCGCCCGUAUGACUCGUAAUUACUCGUAUGUACUUGUAUGUUACUCGUAGUGCUCGUGUGUUGUUUUAGUCACUAUCCUUUGAAGAUCAAUUGAACAAAUGUAAGCUUAUUUGCACCUUAUCUUCUUCUCGCGAAUGGCUAUAGCACGUUUUAUUCUCCUCUCUUCCAUCCCAGCAAGUCGAUCUCACCGUAGUGACUUCAACAGAAAAAUAGCGCCAUCCGAAUUAUUACCAAAAUCUUCGGCAAAACCUGUAGCCAGAUUAGAGCCAAAAUGCCAAAAACUGUGCGCAUUUUACCUUGAAAAUGUUAACAAUUAAUGUGUCAUCAAGAAAUGUGCUCAUAAAGAGAUUCACCUCGAUGCCUCGUAUACAUUGUAUUUCAUUCAGGUCUUUUUUACAACAGAAAACAUAUCAACUAAAAUACAUACGAAACAUUACAUCAACCGUAUUUCAGUUUAUAAUACCCACUUAUGUCCUGCACCUGCUAGGAAACAGUCUUUCUUAAUUUUUUCUAUAUAUUCAACACGUUUUAAUGAAAUUUGUCUCUUCUUAAGCACAGUUCAAAAGGGGACGUCGACCUCGAGGAGAGAGAUGGGUUCUUGGGCUUUUUGACACACAGUAUGACCCCACUCGACCGUAUUUAAAGCUUGUGAGAAGGCGAGAUGCGCGUACUCUUUUGAACAUUAUCCAAAGACACGUACAACCAGGCUCUUUGGUUUAUACUGAUGAAUGGGCGGCAUACAGGCAAAUGCAAAGGGUCUUGGGUUUCAAUCAUCAAACGGUUAUUCACUCGGUUAACUUUGUAGACCCAAUCAACGGUGUCCACACACAACACGCAGAGAGCAAUCGGUCUGCAGCAAAGGACAAAUUUAAGAAGAUAAAAAAGGGAACACAAAUCCUAACUUCCUACAAGAAUACCUUAAGGAAUUCAUGUGUAUAAGAUGGCAUGGUGAGCUUCACCCGAAUGGCUGUUUUGGACGGUUGAUGGAGGACAUUGCAGAACAAUAUCCACUUUAAAUACCCAGAGGUGGGGGUACUCCCAUAUACAUGUAUGUGCCGCGGGAUAGGGUAUGGUUUUGGCGGUUAUCGUUUUGCCUCUGUUAGCAUUGUGUUUCCGUUGUGAUCUUUAGAUAGGAUAUGUAAAUUGUAUCGGCUAAAAUUGCAGUGUGUAAAUGGCCAGCUAAACAAAAAGCAAAUUCCGCUAAAAUUGUCAACAAAGCGAUUUUAUCGAGAUUUGUGUUUUUGCCGCACGUGGUUAGCCGUUGUUUGGUUAUUGUUUUUCCUUGAAUAGGGUGUCAUAUUUCGUGUUUGGACAAUUCUCGUUUGUUUCAUCCUUAAAGUGGGACAGGGUUCAAGACUCUUCGAGGCACACACUUAUUCAAAAUUUACGGGAGUACCCCCCUCCCCCGAAACGGGACAGUUCCUGUGACCUUAGUGCAACGUUGGUGAAAUUUGGUAUUUUUUUUCAAUUUUAGACUCAGAAGCAUAUACGGUAAAAACUCACUAAUAGGAACCUAAUUUUUUUCCAAGCAAGGCUAAGAAGGUUAUUAUAAAAGAUGGUGCUUAACUGGAAAAUUUGGCUACUCAGGUUCUUUAACAGGUUCUUGUUUUCAAAUAGACUGCGAGCAGUCUCUUUUGCUGUGAAAUCCUACUGGAACGAACGGGGAAAAAGCGGACGUGAUCGACGAGCGAUGAGGGGCGAGGCCGUGAUCUGCGAGCAGCAGGGGCGUCAGUCACAGCGAAAAGAGAUCGCAGCUUGGCCGCUCACCGCUCGUCGAUCGCGCCCUCUGCUCGCAGUCUAGUUUUCAAAAUAAAUGAGUUGUUUGUCAUUGGGGGGCGUGGCCUACUUUUGGUAUUGUAUGCAUAAAUGUUAAAAAUCCCAGCAUAUAUUUACCAAGUUAACAAAGCUAUCCAAGAUAAACAGAACAAAACGCAACAUUAAAACAUGAAACUAUGUUGUUUCUUUGACUGAAUUUCUCAAAAUAAGAACCUGUUUCAAAGUUGUAGGCUAAAACAGGUUCUCAUGUAAAAAGGGUCUUAAUGGGCAAUUUUAGUCUAAGAUUUUCAGUUAAUCUAUUUUUUUCCUUAAAAUCUAGGUUCUUGAGAAGGUUUUUUUUACUGUACCUAUAAUAAAUUCAAACAUUGCAAUAGUCUAGCACACUCGAGUUAUUUUACGCGAGGUAUUUUGAGCAUUUGACGUCAUUUUCCCUAAUUCUCAACCAGGCUAUAAUUGGAACGAGAUAAAGAAAUGGCGACUGCAACUUCUCGGAAAUAAAAAUACAAAUAAAAAAAAGAUUUCUGAUGGUCGUAAUGGAUUGAUAUUUAGCAAGGUAUUUUAGACAGUCACAUUUUACACGAAAUCAUAAAAAAUGGAUAUGGAUAGUUUGAUCGUAGUAACAAAACAUUACUUUCCCCCUACACUUCUGGAGGUGGAAGUCUACGAGAAGUAGACAAGUAAGACGUAGUAACAAAACAUUACUUUCCCCCUACACUUCUGGAGGUGGAAGUCUACGAGAAGUUUACAUUUACCCACUUUUUGUUUAGCAAUUUAUUAAAGCUUUGAAUAUCUAUCAUCUUGAGGCCUCCUUUAUCGUAAUCAUUGAUCAUUUGUGUCCUUUUAAGUUUGUCCCCUUUGCUUUCCCAGAGAAAGUCAUAUAGCAGGGUAUCGAUUUCCUUAAGUGCACCCUGAUGCGUUGGAAGAGAGGUUAAAACAUGUACAAUUUGGGAUACUGCCAAAGCUUUUAUUAUCGUGAUUUUACCUAGAAGAGUGAGUCUCCGAGCAGACCAGCUGCUUAGGAUGUUUUUUACUCUCUCAAUUUUCUCUGAAAAAAUGGCAUCGCCAGAACACAUCAGAACGCUUUAAAGGUAGUGCAAAAUGCGAUGGAAAAUUUGGAGCUUUGCGAUGUUUAGAGAAUUUUUAAUCCAAAUGGCAAGAGGAUUAUCUGGAGGCAAAGACAACUAGAUAUUCAUUGCAGACUUGAUUUUGUUUUAGUAAGUCAAACUACAGUACUUACCCGCUUAUAAGAAUCUGAGUUCUCGGUUCUAAAUGUACUCGUAGGGUGUACUCAUGUGAAUUCUAAUUCAAAACCAACAUGUACAUACUACUGUUUUUCAUACAUUAUUUAUACCAAAUUUAGAGAUUUUUAUAGUUCAUACAUGUUUAAGUUCACUACUUUUGAGAGUCAUGUCUUUUAUCUUUGCCUGAAGAUCUUUAAGGUUUAUUUCUAAAACAGGAACCUGUUUCAAAUUUAGGCUAAAUAGGUUCUUAUGUAAAGGGGGUCUAAAUUGAUAUUUUUAGGCUAACAGGUUCGUGAAUUCUAGGUUCUUAUAAGCUACUGUAUUUCCGAUAGGUGGGUGCCGCGGAGUUCCCUAUUUAAGGAUAAAAAAAAUUGAUACCGUUGUUAAGGCCCAAACCCCCAAAAAGACGCCUUAUUCUAGGUAAAAUAACAAUCAUGAAAAAACAAACAAACAACGGCUGACCUCGCACUGCAAAAAGAAGUCUUUAUAAAAUCGCUUUGCUUAUGAGUUUAACCGCCUAGUUCAGUUUCAAAAGAUCAUUUACUUUUCGUUUAGCUUGGCAGUUACACACUGCAGUUUUAGCUGAUACAAUUUAGGUGGAUCCUAUUACGGACAUAAACUGGACAGUUAAUAUCGGUAACGUUGUACAAGCAAUAUAACGUUAAGGACCUGUUAGAGCUAUAAGAGCUAAGGAAUAAUAAUCAUUUUAGGUAUGUUGGAUUAAGGGCAGCAUGACAUCAGGGAUAAAGCAUAAGCCGGGUAGUUUUAGGAAUAAUAGAAAUACGUUAAGGCACAACAUUAGUUACACAAGAGCGACCAACUUUACGAUGUAUUUUUCCAUUACCAAAUCGGAACAUAUAUCGAAAAAAACCUCGCACUCUUUCUUAGCCUAUUUUCUUCUAAGCGAUAUGGUCGGUAAGUGAACCUAUACUUGGCCGAUACUUGACCGAUACUUGGCCGAUACUUGACCGAUACUUGACCGCUACUUGACCGAUACUUGACCGCUACUUGACCGACACUUGACCGACACUUGACCGACACUUGACCGACACUUGACCGACACUUGACCGACACUUGACCGACACUUGACCGAUACUUGACCGAUACUUGACCGCUACUUGACCGCUACUUGACCGAUACCUGACCGAUACCUGACCGAUACUUGACCGAUACUUGACCGAUACUUGACCGAUACUUGACCGAUACCUGACCGAUACCUGACCGAUACUUGACCGAUACUUCACCGAUACUUCACCGGCAGUUGAUCGCUACAUAUCGGCCGAUGCAUCGGCCGACAGUCGGUCGAUAUAUCGGUUGACCAUCGGUCGACUAUCGGUCGACAAUCGGUCGACUAUCGGUCGACUAUCGACCGAUAGUCGGUCGAUUGUCGACCGAUAGUCGACCGAUAGUCGACCGAUAUAUCGGUCGACUGUCGCCCGAUAUGUCGACCGAGUCCACCUAUAGUACACAUGAUCCAACCUCGUUAUAGUCCUGCGAAGAGUUUCGAAUAUUCUACAUCCCAAAAGGCUUCCCUACAAAACUUGAAACCUCGAACAUAGUAGUGCACUGUAAUCGAGAAGUAUUGAAGAGCAUUAUGACUAUUAUUGGCACGGCUAACUCACUCAGUUACAUCACUUUUCUUUAAAUGUGUGUUCACCGCAAAGUCACAUCAUUGCGUGACUACUUAGACGGCCUUGCUGAGCGAUUGUCACGGUUGUGAAAACAUUUCUGGUUGAUUAAGAAAAAUUUAGGUCAACGGCAAGAUAUCAGGGGGGAACGUGGAGUCUUAAUACAAUGUGAUGAGGGCUAUAGCAGUUUACAGCUGCAUAACAGGCUUAAUUUUGGCGAGCGAGUGCUCAGUAUUUUUCUUGGUGAAAAUAAUAGCUGCCAUCUUUGAUUUUUACAGCAGCUUUUUACAGAAGGUUGGAGAGAGGAAGAAAUUUGCACCAAGGGGGUGAGCGAUAGACAAGAGGAAGAGAAAGGGGGGGGGGAGGGAAAAAGAACUUCUACCCUUUCCCAGCCUCCUUUACCCACUGUCCACUCUAACUUUUAAUCAAACUUGCAACGUUAACUUACCCCAAAACAACCUCGUUCCCAGGGUCCUCUCUCUUCCUCCCUCGAGAAUUUAGUAGAGAGUUUAGGAAACAACGACGGCGACGCCGUGGACGUCGGCUAAAAAAAACUUAUGUUUUACCUACGAAUCUCGAGACACUCUAAAGUCAUUUGGUUUUUUUUUUUAUUUUUAUUUUUAAUUUUUUUUUCACUGUCAAAACUACCUCCAAACUGAAUAUUGAACACAGCGUUAAAUUAGAAAUAAAAAUUUAAAAAUUAACCGUCGUCGCUCACGUUCUUCAGACAACGCAAAGUUUGGUCAUCUCGCGUGGUUGUUUUGCAAAGGACGCAGAGAAAUUUACAAAGAUUUAUAGUGCACGUGCACAGCCAUUGUUCUGCUCAUUAUAUCUUUUGUUUAGUAACGUUCCCAAUGCCGUUGCCGUCGCGGUUUUCUUAAACUCCCUAGUAUCUCGAGGGAAGGAGGAGAGAGGACCCUAGGAACGAGGGUUUGCCCCAAAAUCAGACAUCAGUGCUGCAGGCUAUGACCCCCUUUGUCUUUUAGAGAGGCGAUCAACGAUGACCUCAGUUUAAUCUUGCCGCUAUAAAUGAUAUCACUCUUAAUUAAGAAAAAUUGUUAAUUUCUGAAUUCUUUGGUUUGAGUUUCCUAGGAAGCAAACAAGAACAGAGAACAAGUUGGAGAUUAAAGCCAGAGUACUGUUCUUUACGGUUUCCAAAAAGAUGGAAAGUAUUCAAAGAAGUUCGAGCCAAACUGGUUUUGUUGUGAUCCACCAUUACUCGUCCAAGACAGGAGAAUGGACACGUACCGAGUUUGACGGCGGCCGGUAUGAGGAGGCUUUGGCCGAAGUACACAAGAUCGAAACACACAUGUCUGCUAUCCCAUAUGAGGUGAACAGGGCACCCAACAAUCAGCUCUCACGCAUACGUGUUAUAGCCGAACCAUCCGCUCAUGAAAACGAGAACAUUAGCUUUCUUGUUGAACUGCAGAAUGAAAUAAAAUUCUUUCAGUUAGAAAUAGCAGAAUCCGAAGCUCUCCAAAAGAGUGAAAAAACUGAAAAGCUGAAGAACGCACUGGCAGAGUUGCAAAGCUUGAAAGUCAAGGGUUGCUCUUGGGAGACAGUUGAUAGCAUUAAAAGGAAGAUUAAGUAA